AUGGGGAAAGUGAGAGGAAGGAAACAUUUGAAAAAAACUCAAAAAGAUGAGUUCAUAGCCAUCGAGCAACAGCCUGAUGAACACGAAGCUCAUGGAGCAGACAAUUCCGAAGAUUCGGAUCCUAAAACGUUCUUUGGUAUCUUGGAUCGAGAUGAAUUAGAGUACUUUAAGCAAACGGAAGCAACUUUAGCCAUGGAUGCAUUCGAGUCUCCGGAGGAGAAAAGUCAUUUUGUUACCAGAGUCUUUGAAGAGUUUCAAGGCAAGGAACUUAAGUUAGUCACUUCGCAGAUCUGCUCAAAACUUGUUGAACGUGUCAUUUUGAAUUGUAACGACGAUCAGUUGAAAGCGAUUUUUAAAGCCUGCAAUGGGUUUUUCUUCAACUUAGCUUGUCACAAGUAUGCUUCUCAUGUUCUCGAGACCUUAUUCGUUAGAAGCGCAGCGUUAGUUGAGAAGGAGCUUUUGACUCCUAGUUUUGAUGAAGCUGCAAUGGGAGACGGUAAUGUGCACGUCACUAUGGAGAACAUGUUUUUGUUCAUGCUGAACGAACUUAAGAGCCAUCUGAAAGCUAUGAUUAAACAGCAAUACGCGUCGCACGUUCUGCGAAUACUGAUAUUGGUUUUGUCGUCCAAGAGAUUACCCAAUAGCACCAUGAACAAUUCUGCAUUACGUUCCAAGAAGUCCAAAAUUGCUCGUAAAAUGAUAGAUAUUAAAGACAAUGAGGACUUUGACAAGGCAUAUCAGACACCUGAAUCAUUUAAGAAAGAGCUACGCGAGAUGAUGAGCACGUUGUACAAACAGUUCUCUGGAGACGCCAAGUCGAGGUCUGAGAUAAGUCCCACUGAAGUGACUAAGUUUAGAGAAUAUUGUGUCGACAAAGUAGCAUCACCCGUAAUACAGCUGAUAAUACAGGUGGAAGGUAUAUUUGAUCGAGACCGGUCUUUCUGGAGGUUGGCCUUCAAUACCUCCGAGGAGAAGGACUCAAAGGAAGAGUCAUUUGUGGAAUAUCUCCUGUCCGAUCCGGUUGGCUCUCAUUUUCUGCAGAACGUUGUUAUGCAUGCUAGACUGAAAUAUGUUCAAAGGUUAUAUGUCCUCUAUAUGAAGGACAGAAUCGCCAAACUCGCCAAAAGAGAUUCCACAGCCGCUUUUGUUUUACAAGCUUUGCUUGAGACUCUCAAGAAUAAAGAGGUUAGUGAAAUCUUGGAUGCAGUAGUACCUGAACUGAGUAUGCUGCUAAACUCAAAUAUGGAUUUCGGAACCUCAAUUAUUAACGCUAGCAUAAAGCAGGACAACUACCUAAGAGAGAAGGUCAUCGAGCAAUUGAUUGCCAAAUAUUACCCCAAAGAGUCAUCAGAUAAAAACAUCCUAGAGUCCUGUUUACUUUUGAACUCUUCCACCUUAGGAAACACGAGAGACGAUUGGCCUACGGCAGAGGAGAGAAGAAGAUCCUUGUUCUUGGAGAAAAUCAUUGACUAUGACGAUAAGUUCUUAUCUGCAACCAUCGAAAGUAUGUUGUCGUUACCGGAGGAAAGGCUUUUGCAGAUGUGUUACCAUGGCGUGUUCUCGCAUGUCGUGGAGCAUGUGCUGCAACCCGAGCGAGUUGAUACCAUCAAGAGGAAGCUUUUGUUGAAUGUACUGAGCAAGGAUGUCGUCAAUCUAGCUUGUAACGCCUACGGCUCCCACAUCAUGGAUAAACUUUGGGUUUUCACAGCGAAGCUAACAUUAUACAAGGAACGCAUUGCCUCUGCAUUGGUCGGCGAGUCUGAGAAGGUGAAGAAUAGUGUUUACGGUAGACAGGUGUGGAAGAACUGGAAGAUGGAGCUGUAUGUUAGAAAAAGAUGGGACUGGAAGAGAGAGAUCAAAGAGCAAGAACUUGAAAUAUUCCCUGAUGCUAAGCCUCUCCAGCCAAAAGAGCAAGGCAGAGAUUUGAAGCGUCACAGAGAACAAGAUCAUAAUCAAGCGCAUGUAAAAAGAUCGCAUUAA